UGAUUCAUAUUGUUUUACCAGUUUCAUGCCAAUUCCACCAUCAAUCAAAAAUGGUUACUUCCUUCCAGAAUCACUUUCAGACACGUUCUUAGAACUUUGCUACCAUUACAUAUUUACAUUGCUCCACUCUCCAAAAAAGUCACCGCUUUCAGAUCCAAUCCAAUUUUCUACCGAUUCAAUCACCCCAAAUUUCCCACUAAUCUUGCUCUCAUUCUCAAUUAAACCCCCAAUUUUUCUUCCUCAAUUGAUCCCCAAUUUCACUAAUUCUGCAGCUCACAGAAAUUGAUCACAAACCCUAAUUCCCAGAAAUUGAAUUUCAAUUUCAAUUUCCCACCUUCAAUUUGAUCAACAAUGUCGGCUUCGCCAUUAAAAGCUGUAACUUUAACCCAUGUUCGAUACGCUAGAGGAGAUAAAAUUGGGCAUUUUCUUGCUUGGAUUUCUUUGGUGCCAGUUUUCAUCAGCCUUGGAGGUUUCGUGGCUCAUUUUUUCUUCCGCCGUGAAUUGCAGGGUAUGUGUUUUGCUCUUGGCUUGAUUAUUUCUCAAUUUAUCAGUGAAUCUAUCAAAUCAUGUGUGCAACAAUCGCGCCCUGAAACCUGUGCAUUGCUUGAAGUAUGUGAAUCCCAUGGUUGGCCUUCAAGCCAUUCGCAAUAUAUGUUCUUUUUCGCUACGUAUUUUACGCUGUUGAGUUAUCGAAAAGCCGGUUUUUUUGGUGGGAAUGAGAAUAAGUGGAUUGUGGAAGUGAUUGCUUGGUUUAUGGCAGUGUUAACUAUGUUUUCAAGGGUUUAUUUGGGGUAUCAUACCAUUGCACAGGUUAGCGCCGGUGCGAUUUUGGGGACGGUUCUUGCGUGGUCAUGGUAUUGGGUUGUUAAUAAUGUUUUUAUCCAUUAUUUUCCGUUGAUUGAGGAGAGUUACAUUGGGAGGACGUUUUAUAUCAAGGAUACUUCUCAUAUAUGCAAUGUGUUGAAGUUCGAGUAUGAUAAUGCAAGAGCUGCGAGGAAAAAUAUGAUUGACAAAAGCAGCUGAUUUUUCUGUUCCACGAAAACCCCGGUAGGAAAGGAUGAAUUGUUUGAUCAAAUAGCUGCAUUUUGUCGUAUGUACCAGAUGACUACAUUAUGGAAGGUUGCAUUAUGCUUGAUUUGGCAAUGUGAUGCUGGAAACUGGCUGGAGUUUUGCGUGUACGGCAAUAGAGGGGCUAUAAACACCAUCAUAAGGUUUUUUUUUUUUUUUUUUUUUUUUUUUUUUUUUUUUUUUUAUAUAUUUUUUUUUUGGGGGGGUGGUUUGAUUUCUGUUUUUGAUUUGUAAAACAAAUGUUAUAAAUACACUAUAUAGGAUACACUAUAUAUGACAGCAUUCAGAAUGCAUAUAUACCUGGAUAGUUGGUAUAUAUCUAAUUUACAAUUAUGAGAACAUGCAUAACCAUAACAAACAACAAAACUUUACUCUUAAAAUAAUUUGGGGUCGGCUAACAUGAAUCAUUAUAAGAGACCAUCUGAGAAAGAGAAAGAGAAAGGAAUAUAUAACAAGAUAAC